CGUCAGUUUGUCGCGUUGCCGUCGAGAGGUUGGGUGGGUCCGCGCGACCGGAGUGCGAGUGUUUUGGGUGCUUGUGGAUCCUCGGGGCACCUCAAUUCUGAAGAAAGGCUCCGAAAUUUUAUUGGAAUAUUUAUAUAUGCAUUUGAAGACCAAACUCUCUUGAUUCAAGUCUCAAAGACUGCGGGUGUGCGAGGUGCUGCCGUUGGUGCCUGUUUAAGUUGAAGAUUUUCUGCUGAUUUUCCUGUCAGUGUUUGAGUGUUUGUGAGUGCUUUGUUGUGUUAUCUGCACCAGAUAGGUGAAGAUUUCUGAGUUUAAAAUGGGAGACAUGUCACCUGAGUUUGCAACAAAGGAUGAAGAAAUUGCAUUUUGGAAGGGCCUCGCUCAGGAUUUGAAAAUAAGACUGGCCGAGUCCCGGGACGAGCUGGACGAGUUCCAGGAGAACUCCCGCGAGCUGGAGGCCGAGCUGGAGGCACAGCUGGAGCAGCAGGAGGCCAGGGUGAAGGAGCUCACCGCCCGCCUGGCACGCGUCCAGACUGAAAACGACCAGAUCAAGGUAGCGUGCCAGGGAUGGUGGUGGGUCUUCCCUCUCCUACUUUUGUUGUUGAAUGACAUCCUAUGGCAGUCCUGAUGCCACUGUCCAUGAAUCAUGAGCCACUGUCUGGCAGGUAUUAUGUUGAUCAGGACUCAGGAUGACCAUUGAGUCGUGCAGUUGAAUUGAUGAGGUGUGGUUGUGACUUGUGAUUGAAAGAGUUACAUUGCAAUGAGGUUGAGAUUACUGCCCCACAAAGGCAAAUGUGCAUAACCAACAUGGUGAUGUAUGCUGAUUGUUGGUUAUGCACCUUUUGCUUUCAUGUGACAAAUUAUCUAUGAUUGAGAUUGAGUGGCAGCUACUGCAAUGACACAUGCACAAGGAUUUGUCGGAGGAAUGUUUUUGUGUUCAGCACCCAACAGUGACCUACUGGGAUAGAUAGGGGCUACAUUGACACUGGCCAUGCGCACGAUUCGACUGUCUAAGAGAAGCUAGAUGGUCGUAAAAUGCGAGACAAUCGUAAAAUCGAUACUAGUUUUGGCCUACUAGUGCCAUGCCUCUAUUCUUUUAUGACUAGGGACUGACACAAAUGGGCCCCAUGCAAUAUUGGAGAUUGGGACUGUGAUGCGACAUGAAAUUGAACUGCGUUCGAAAAUGGGGUUCCUGAUCCAUCUAUCGAUUGCAAUCGCAAAUGGUUAGUGGCUCCAUUUAUCGUAAUUGGCGAGGGGCGGUGCGUCCACUAAAUGUCAUGGGAUGAUAUUUGGCGCAUACAAAGUCGGUAUUAAUGUAGGUACUAGGUACCUAUGUACGGAAUCGAUGUGAAUAAGCUCUGCUAUUCCGAUCCUCUCACUACUAAAUUUUGGUUGAAAAAGGUCAAUUCAGUGUCCACUUUGUCGCUAUUCGUUAGAAAAAAUUAUCGCGAUGCUUGCACACUAGCAUGUUUCGUUGGAUCAUUACUGUUUGAUCAGGCUGGUUCAAGCUAUUUCAAUUACGCAUAUUAUGCUUUAAUCGACUGAACCCAUCUCUAGUAGUCUCCAACUCCAAUUCUACCGCGACUGUUAUCCAAGCCCAACUCCGACUCGGACUCUGGCGCCGUCUCCGACUGUAAUCCUGCUCCAACUGUGUGAACUGGCACGGCACAGGACGCCCGCGGGACAGGUAGUGACCGAACACGGUGUGAACCGGGCCACCGCCGCUGGUGACGCCAGUUCUGUCCGGUCCCGGAGACACUUCCGGAGGGCUUCUACAAGUCGUUAUGAGACGGAGACGUGCGAACUAGACAGACUGAGACGUGCGAACUAGACAGACUGAGACGUGCGAAAUAGACAGACUGAGACGUGCGAAAUAGACAGACUGAGACAUGCGAAAUAUAGCCGGUAGGCCGUGGAGGUGUCUGAUGGUAUUGGAUUAAAUGGGGCGAAGGAGUCAAAAUUGAGAAAUCAUAGCGUUUGGGUAAUGUAUGUAUCAAAAUGCAUUUGUGUUUGGAGUAAUUAUGUGGCAACUGAUUAUCAGGACAUAUUGCUUUUUUGAUAUUCUGAGCAUGGCGAGCAAUGAAUAUUGUUUGUACGAACAUGCUAAUAACUGUCUGUGUGGUAUGCCAGGUUUUGAGUUUCGCCCAGUUUUGAGUUUGAUUAAUGUGUUGAUGGUUGACACGACACAAGCGCGCAGCUUGCAUUCGUUUACUGAUAUAAUCAGUUGAUUGCGUGAUCUUCGGGCCGUUCUGGACUGGCGUGAUUUCUGCCAAUAUGUCGUAAAUGGAUACGAGUGACACGCGGUAUCAAUUCGGCAGCGUUGUACUGGGGACGUAGGACAGUUAUGGCUGGCCUAAAUCGGUCCGCUCACGGUUACAACGGCCGCUAGUUUUCGUGAGUUAGGUAUUGGAAACGGGCGUAGACGCUGGGUUCGUGAUCAGUGUAACGAUACUGGUUUAUCUUUUUUUUUUAGUGAGGGUCUUGUAACCUGGUUUUGAUGCCAUUCUGCCUUUAUUUUUGUAGUCGCUACCCGAUACAGUGUCUUACUGGAAAGUCAUGAUUUAUCAGAUGUCCGAAUCCCGUCUCCAUUCUCAAAAGCUUAGUUUGAUUUUCUAUUACACUUUGGCCUCCAUUUAUUUGAUGGGUCACCUAGAAAGUCGGUCCUACUACCAUCUCACAAACACCAUGAUUGGAGAUGUAUCAUGUUUAGGUGAUGAGACAUCCAAGAUAAAGCCUGAUAUUUCUGACUCGCCCGGAACGAAAUAAACCAUCCUUGGCGCUUCAAUUUGAACUCUAACGGUU